UGAUAGUGUAGAAUGUAGACAACAGAACCAUCAAGCGAGAAUUUCUUCUCUGCUUUGGCAGAAAUCACUAAACUUCGCCUCAGACGCCAUUGUGAUUAUUUACUUCUCGUUUUUGCUCGCGAGAUAAAAACACUGGAGCCGAAAAUGUCUUCGCUAGGAAAACGAGACUCCACCAGCCUUAAUUAUAGCAUAGCAAAGUUUAAACACAGCACUUCCAGAGUUCCACUGUAUUCCCGUCUGCAUCCUGUGAUUCCAAAGUUAUAUGUGCAGGAAUGGAAAACCGAUAUGCAAAACCGGAAUCGGAUCAAAACGAAUGCUGGACUAGGCUGGAUACCAUUGUUUGAACAUGAUGAAAAUCUUUUACUGGAGAAGAGAGAGCAGUUACAUUACAAUGUAGAAGAUGCUAACCGAGUUGUUAGCAAGUAUACUCUACCAGAUCGAGCUGGCCUUUUGCAUCCAGAGUUUUGCCAUGAGACUUCACGCUACCAGAGUGGAUUGAUGUGUAGAUGGGACAAAAAUAAAGCUUAGAAGGAAAAAACAUUUUUCCAUCAGCAUUUUGCAUUGUUCAUGCUGGAAAAGAAAUGGCUUUAAUUUUUGUAAUUUUCAAUUAAUUUAGCCCAUACCCUAAUAUUUCCAGACUUAAUGAAACGGUAGAAGUCAGUACAUGUGACCAAGAUAUCUCCACAGUAAUUUUAAGUUUCACAGAAUACUUUAGUUUACCAUUUGCAGAAAUGUGAAAAGGAAAAAAAAAAUCCCCUUGUUUAAAAUGUGGCAGCAUUCAGCAAUCUUAGCAACAAGAAAACCACAUACAUAACUUUGCAUUCAUUACAUUUUAUGAUUAAAAUGGUCAACAAAGAAAAGGAAAUAGAGACAAUGCAAAAUCUGGUGAUUUUUACCAGAUAUGAAAAGUAAAGAAAACGAUGGUACUGACAUCUUAAGACAAUAACACAAACCUCAAAUAUGCCUGAGGUAAGAAAUAAAACAAAGCAACGAAUAAAACAUGUAGAGAUUUGAACAGUAUUACUCAAAGUUCAAAUGACUUAUGAUCAGCAAUUAAAAAGUGCAACUUUGACAGCCAAAUUGCAUUAAAGAAGCUUUGAAAAAUGUA